AUGGUGGAGAGGGUAAUCCGCGAAACUAAUGUAUGCAAACGUAAUUUUUGUAAUAUUGCCUGCAAUGGUGGAAGUUCAAGUGAUGUGUCUUCAUUUCUUAAAAAUCAAUCUGAUUCUGGGCUGCUAUGUUCGUUCAACAACAAGCUAACCAUUCAAGAAACUGAGUUUCCAAAUGCUACAUUAAUGGAAGGUUGGCUCGUAGGUGAUUACUUUAUCGCGGAGCUGACUAUUCUUAAUACAAAUAUAGAAACUAUUGAGCAGAGUGCCUUCAAUAGCUCGUGUUUUACAAAUCUGACUAGCCUCGAAAUUUCUCAUGCCAAUAUUCAUUAUUUUCCAAAAGGAAUACUUGCCCCUUUACAUUUCUUGGAGGACCUAAUACUAGACAAUAGUGUGAAGGAACUCUCACCAGAGUAUCUGGAAGGCGUAACGAGUACCAUCAGAUCAUUGAAAGUAAGCGGCAUUACAACAAGGAACAAGCCAAAUUCUUUGUUCGGAAUUCUUCCGUUGCCAAAACUGGGAACGCUCGAUUUGCGUUACGAUAACUUCGGAGAUACAAUUGAGGUCGAUACUUUCGAAAAUGCUACACCAACUGGAAAUUUAUUUUUGCCUGCCAGUCAAAUUAGUUUUUUGCCAGUUGGUAUAUUCGAUUCGUUUCGAAAAGGAUUUCAAAAUUUAGAUUUACGAAAUAAUAAUUUGAUAGAAGUUUCUGGUGAAGUCUUCGAACCACUUAUUCCUUUGUACAUAAUACUGAAAAUACGAUUAGGUGGAAAUCCUUGGGACUGCACCUAUAAGCUUUCACAAUUGGCCGAACUCAUAGAACAGAACACGAGAAAAUUUGAAGGACCUUUCAUUUGCGCUUCACCGCCUGAGCUGACAGGAAAGAAUCUAAGUUCCAGCAUUUUACCGGCACCUCCGUCGACGACCACUGAGGAAACAACUGAAAUCUCCAUUGAAAUCACUACAACAAACUGUGGCGAGAAAGACCUGUCUCUGGCUGAAUUUAUCUGUAAAAAUGACAUAAUUGGGGAUAAUGACGUCUGUAUGAAUAUGCCUAACCAGCCUGAAGCGCAUAAGAUUUUGCUUAUCAAAAAAAUGGAUGCAAGUUUCAAUAUAUCCAGGGUCUCAUGUGGUUCAGUACAGAUUUCUAUUAACGCUACCGAAGGGAAUUUCACAAUUCUCUGGUUCCGUGGUGCAUCCAAAAACCGAAAGGAAGUCAACACUAAUAGCAGAAACUACUGCUUAGGAUGUGCAAAUUUAGAUUCGCAGAAUAUCGUAAUUAAUCAUCUCGACCUGGGAGAACUCUAUACUUUUUGUGUGAUUAAGGAUAACCGCUCAAAUAUAUCACCUUUGAAUUGUCGGUCAUACUUCGUAGACUACGAAUGCAAUGGUGAAUGCUGGAUACUACACCAAUCUCAAACCAUUACCAUUGGUAGUUUUGCAGCCUGUGCCCUCCUUGUUGCAUUUUUCGGUGCCCUCGUAAUGUUUUGGAUUAUUCAUUGUAAUCCCACAUUGCUGAAAGGUUGUGAGUGGAUCGUAGUAGUAAACAAGAAUGCAGUGGAUGUAGUAGUUCAACCAAAAGGUAAAAAAAAGAAAAAAUCGAAAAAACACAUCGAGAUAACUUCAAUUAAGAGGGAGCAAAGUGUACGUCUCCAGCACGUUUAA